UCAAAUCCUUCGUAUGAUGGGACGAAUUGCCAACAGACGACACGGCCUGAAAGAGGAAGACGCUACCCGUCUCAUCCAGGCACUCAUCAUUAGCCGUGUAACCUACUCUGUCCCCUAUCUGACCCUCAAACCUCGGGAACGAGAAAAACUCGAAAUACUGAUUCGCCGGUCUUAUAAACAAGCCCUCGGUCUUCCACCCGGAACCUCGACACCACGUCUCUUGUCUCUCGGCAUUCACAAUACCGUCGAAGAGCACAUUGAAGCACACCUCACAGGUCAACGCGAACGUCUCAAGCUAACACCUGCAGGCAGGCAGGUUCUAACUCGUCUGGGCUAUCCAAUUCAAACCCUGGGCCACAGUGAAACAAUUCCCCUCACUGCUGCUUAUCGCACCAAAAUUUCAGUUGCCCCAAUACCCAAAAACAUGCACCCCGAGUUCCAUCAGGGGAGACGACAGGCUCGCGCCCGCACUCUUCAGAAGAAACUUCAAUAUGCCCGCCACGUCAGAUACACUGACGCCGCCAGUUACCCGGGUCGACUGGCCAUGGCUGUCAGCGUAAUCGACGAAGACAUGCGAGAAGUGACCACCGCGACCGUUCCUACCUCCCUCCCACUCGAGGCAGAAGAAGCGGCCAUAGCGCUCGCUAUCACGUCCACCCCAGCUAUCACAUCUCUUUCAAUAAUUACUGACUCGCAGGCGGCUUGCCGUAGUUUUGUCAACGGUCGCCUCUCCAGAUUUGCUCAUCGAAUUUUAACUAAUCACCCCCCUGAACAACUCCCUACAGUAUCCUUGAUAUGGACGCCGGGGCAUAAUUCCCUGAGCGGGAACGAACGCGCACACGCGUCAGCCCGAGCUUUAACCCUCCGGGCCCCGCCACCGCAGGAAGACCCAUCCCUGGUCCCCAUCCCCAUCCCCCUUACCUAUCGUGACAUCCUUCAACAUCUCCGAUUGAGUCGCCGCACCCUUCCUCCGCCGCACAAAUCUCUAACGAGGGAGGACGCUGUAGGUUGGCGCAUGUUGCAAACAAAUACUUUCCCCCACCUCAGCCUCUUACAUGCCAUGUACCCUACAGUAUACCCCACAAACAAAUGUCCCCUGUGCACCGAAAAGGCUUCACUAUAUCACAUCACGUGGGCAUGCCCUAAGAUUCAGGCUGCCCCCCCAGUUCCCAACCCAAACGCCGAGCAGUGGGAAGCUGCGCUGUCCAGCUGGGAUCCGGACGACCAGCGUAAUCUGGUCUCGCGGGCCCGUGCCGCAGCGACAGCUACAGGGGCCCUGGAAUGAGGGCUCCUCUCGCCUCGGA